AUGUUACUUACGCGUACGUGUGUGUAUGCCAUCUCGCUGCUCUUAGGGUGUGACUACACGUGGGCAAUUAGAUACAAUCCAACAUGGGAAUCAAUAGACAGUAGACCACUACCAUCCUGGUAUGAUGAAGCAAAGCUUGGUAUUUUUAUUCAUUGGGGAGUGUUCUCGGUGCCGUCAAUAUCAUUUCCUCCAAAUACUAUGGUGGCGUGGUUUUGGCAGUAUUGGAAAGGAGACAAAUUGAAAGUUUAUGACGAUUAUAUGAAAGCUAAUUACAGACCAGAUUUUACAUAUGCUGAUUUUGCUGAACAAUUUACUGCUGAAUUCUAUGAUCCCAAUGAAUGGUCAGAUCUGUUUACUGCCUCUGGAGCAGAAUAUAUCGUAUUUACCAGUAAGCAUUGCGAAGGUUUUACAAACUGGCCUUCUAAAUACGCCUUUAACUGGAACUCAAUGGCAGUAGGACCUAAACGAGACAUCGUCGGUGAGCUUGCCAGUGCUAUAAAAACAAAGACUUCACUCCAUUUUGGUUUGUACCAUUGUCUUUAUGAGUGGUUACAUCCUUUGUAUUUACAGGACAAGGCCAAUAAUUUUACAACUCAAAACUUUGUUAAUACAAAGACUAUGCCUGAACUUUAUGAAAUUGUAAAUGCUUACGAACCGGAAAUCGUAUGGUCUGAUGGCGAAUGGGAAGCUACAAGUAAUUACUGGAAGUCAAAAGAAUUCAUAGCUUGGUUAUAUAACGAUAGUCCUGUUAAGGCUACCGUUAUAACAAAUGAUAGAUGGGGUAGCGAUGCUAGGUGUCAACAUGGCGGUUUCUGGAAUUGUGACGACAGAUAUCAACCUGGUGUCUUACAGAAAAGAAAAUGGGAAAAUGCCAUGACCAUUGACAAAUUAGCUUGGGGUUUCAGAAGAAAUGCCGAAAUUAGAGAUUUCUUAACAACCCAUCAACUAAUAGCUACGUUUGUUGAAACAGUCAGCUUUGGUGGUAAUCUGUUAAUGAAUGUUGGUCCGACAAAAGAAGGUAGAAUUAAUCCUAUAUUUGAAGAGAGACUGAGAGACAUGGGAGCGUGGUUAAAUGUCAACAAUGAAGCAAUCAAGGGUUCUAGACCAUGGUCACAUCAAAAUGACACAUUAACACCGGAUAUAUGGUAA